GCCUAAAUGCUCGACAGGUACACUUAAUUCUUCCUCCAGAUUGAUUUAUACUAUAAAAAUGGACGUUUUAACUAAACCUGUAACAAUUGUGUUUUUAAUUUGUAUAUUUUGCAUGAAUGGACUUUCAGUGCCUUUUCUGGAAAUUGCUGGGAAAGGCUUUGACAUAUAUGAUUUAACAAAAAAUGUGCUUGAGACGCUCGGGAUUUUGGACGAAGAAAGUCCUGUAGAAAAGGAAGAGUUAGACAGUCUAUUAAAUGAAAUCGACGAAAGGAUUAAUUCUGCAAAAUAUGAUAUAAAUACCAACAUACUAAUUCAAUCAAGGCUUCAGAUUGUUGAUGACGCUGUAAUUAUUUUUCGUAGCCUUCUGAUAGACCUAGAGAACAUUCUACAACCACAAACAGCAGAAAAUCGAAUGAAAUGUAAAAAUACCUUCCUAUCGCGGUUUGAAAACGAAGAUGCAAUUACGCACAUCAGAUUCUUGCCCGAUCUUUUAUCGUAUCAAAUUCCCGGAACGUCUGCACCACUUGCUGACCUUUUCGCUGACCUUACUAGAUGUAACAUGACAGCACUUGAGGAAUUUAAAUGGUAUUAUAGAAAACUUGUAUCAGAUGGAAUGGCUCUUCAGAUGACACAACUGCAACUCGUACAGUCGCCGUUACUGAACAAAACGUUAGAACGAUGGGUCAAGCGAAACGAAGAUUUGGAAAGGACAUUUGUAACGCGCACAAAUGCGUGCAUGAAUAAAUUUGCUAUAUAUGCUGACGAAGAUAUAAGACUUGCUACAGAUGCUCAAUUAUUAUGGAAAAGCAAUAACAUGAGGUAUGCCUGGAAAAUAAAUGAUGUAAUUUUCUUAAAGCCAUUUGGGACUUUUCAAUUUUUAUACACAAAAAGUGUAGGGAAAGAAUUAUUUUUCAGCAGAGGAAGGAGCAAUAAAAUCGUAAUAUUUACGGAAAAAAAUGAUACUUGUUCUCAAAAUGCCACCUUAGAAAAUGCAAAGAGUGCACUGAAAUCUGCGAUUAUCAGCGACAGAGAUGAAAAUGCGGCCAAACAUGUUGGUAUAGCAGCUGAAAAUGUUUUUCGGGAACAAGGGUAUAUCAUCAGAGCACUUCUAGUCUACUUCAAUGGAGAAGAAUUUGCUGAGGAAAACGUUAUUGUAGACAACGCGUCUUCUGUGAUUCAAAUCUCGAUUGACAAAGUCCAGCUUACGUAUUGUUCCUCGUGGGGUGUCAAGUGUGCUUUGGAUCCCGGAGGUGCGUUUGGCGCAUUAAAAAAUGUCGAAGGAUCAAUGAAGGUUUAUGCAUAUGUUGCGAAAGAUGAUGGAAUAUUGCAUGUUAAAGAAAGAGAAUAUAAAACAAACGGUGCAAAUGGAGUCAGAGCGACAUUUUUGAUACUAUUUUGUUAUUUGAGCCUUCGUUUGAUUACAAUAACGUCUGAAUAAAUAUAUACAACUACAAAUGAUAAUAAUAGGAAAGGUAGAUUUUUCGGAAGCACAGUACACCACAAACACAGACUAAGAGCAACGCAUUUGAAAAGUAAACCAACAACAAAAGAAGCUGUAACGGAAAAAUAUUAAAAUGGAUUGCUUCAAAAAUCCAACAAGUACAUAUUUCUUUUAUGUGAAAUAUAGACAGAAAAGGAGGGGGAAGGGAAGGGGUAGAAAGGGAAAUGGGGGAGGGCGUUGAAGGGAAAGUAGAACAAGGAUAGAUAUACAAAGGGCAUGCAACGUUCUUAAAUCAGUUACACUACAACGUUAACCACAGUAGUGCAGACAUUCCUGUACCAAAGACACAUACACACAGCCACACACGACAACCUAACAUAGAUAUAUAAUCAGACAAGUAAGAUAUAACAACACUGUAGGACACCACCCAAGACAUACAAACGUACAAGCACACAAACGCACAUAUAUAAGCAGGAAAAUCUAAAAAACAAAAGCAAAAACAAAACCCCCCAAAACAAUACACCAUAUAAUACAAGGCACUGAUACAUGACAAGUAAAUAUGUUAAUAUUCUUAUAUUCUUUAUGUAAAUAGAUACUAACCAGAACAGAGAUUAUUCUAUUUAAUAUUCCCCAUGUAAGAUUUCAUGUUUGCAAGCACAUUAUUGAAUUGAUAUUUGUGAUAUGUGUAUUACUUUUGUGUGAAUAAGAUGUGUAUGGGCCGGUGGCCUACAUUUCAC